AUGAAGGUUCAGGUUCAAGAGGAUUUGUUGAUGCAGCUUGCACAACAUCGAGUUCAGGUUCAGGCGAGCCGGGUGAUCGCGCUCUACUACCUGCGCGGCAUGCAGUCGAGCGUGAAGUUCAGCUUCCAACGCGCGCUGUCGUACAACCUCGGCAGUGCCUGCCUGGGGUCGCUGUUCGUGCCCACCAUCGAGGCGCUCCGCAUCCUGGCGCGCGGGCUCAACCUCCUGGAGGGCGAGGAUGAGUUCAUGUUCUCCUGCGCGCACUGACGAGCGGAGCUGCGUGUAAUAAUGUUCCAGAUCGCGGCGUACGGGCGUGGGUUCGUGCAGGCGUCGCGGAGCACGUGGGGGCAGUUCGAGGCGCUUCCCGGGAUGGCGGCGCUGGUGGACUCGGACAUCACCAGCUCGGUGUGCUUCCUGACGGGGGUGACGAGCGGCGCGCUGUGCGUGGCGCUGGCGGGGUCGUGGGCGUUCGCGACGCACCGGCACUACACGGCCACCGUGUCGCUGCUGGCCUUCUACGUCGGGUACCUGAUGACCCGCAUCGGCAUGGCGCUGCCGCAGGCGUGCGUCGGCUGCUACUACGUCUGCUACGCCGAGAACCCCACGUCGCGGCUCUUCGACGGCACCAUACCCGACCAGCUGAACAAGAUGCAGGAAGACCGCGACCCGCUCGUGCCCACGCCGCGGUUCCCGCACCAGCACGGCCCGGAGAUCUGGACGCACCGCGGCCGCCGCCGCCGCUGGCGCCCAGCCCCACGGCGCCCACGCGAAGACGAGUGA